CCAAGAUAGAAGCAUUUAAAAUUUGACAAAAUUUCGAUGAAAUUUUGUGUUGCGAUAAUUUUGUUGAGUAGUAUAUAAGCAAGUUCUAAGUUUAUGUCAUUGAUGGUUCAGUAGGGUGAUCGAAAACUGGAAGAUUUGCAUUUUUUACCUUCAAAACCUUUUUUAGAAAUAUUAUAUGAUUUUUUUGUUCAAGUGUAAUUAUAGAAGGUUACAUUUUUUCUUUUAUAAAGCAUUUUUAGAAAAAAAGUGUUUAUCUAAUCCAUUUCACAGAGAACUGGCCACAACAUACAUAUAUACCUAUAUAUAUAAAUAUAUUAUUUUCUUAUAUCACUAUUGAGAUCGGCAAGAAAAGAAAUGAUAAUAAUUGGCCAGACUUAUGGAUACGAUACGCCACGAGUCAAUUUGUAAAAAUAUAAUUAUAACUUGACUUAUAUAAACAAUGUAUUAUGAAAAGUUGUGCAAUAAAAUAUGAGCGUGUACAUGAGUAUGUAUAAGAUAAGAGUAUGAGUGUACGAAUAUAUCAAUGUAUCGUAAUUUAAACAAAACGAAAAUUUUUUUAAGGAGAUAAACCCCAUGGGAAAACUGUCUACAAUCAUAGGCUAUAUCAACGAGUUCAAAUGUAAUGAGUGCAUUUAAUGUUGCCCUCGAUAGAUAUUUUACGCGUGUAUAUUUAUCGAUCAAAAAGUUUUAUUUAUGUAUAAUUCUGUUCUUUUACUCAAUUACUAUCAUAAACUAUACACUAGAGUAGACACUGAUGGUAGCCCAUCGAUUUCUAAUGGAUUUUUUAUUCCAUUUAGCAUAGUAAACCACUGUUCGAUUUAAUCCUGAUAAGGUGCGAAAAACCGAGAUGGGUUGAGGAAGACGAGCAAAUUUGUUGGCUAGUUGUUAAUUUUUCACUAGAGAGAGAGCGUUUGAUCAAGAAUUUGAAUAAUAACGAUUAUAAUAUCCUUAAACUGAAUUUAGAAUCACUCGGGACUGAAGAGUUGCAAACGCAAUUGGAAUAUACAUGCUUUUAAAGUAUAACUGGUGUAGUCCACUAUUUUUAGACAUUAAAUUUUACUUUUAACUGUUAUUAAAUAAAAUGAAGCCGUAUAUUGAAUAAAUGUAUGUAUAGGUAAAACUAUACCUUUGAAUAACGAUAUAGUCUAUUAUGUAUAUUAUAAAUAUACGUUUACAACAAACCUGUAAGAAAUUUCUCGAUUUUUAAGUGAAAGGCUAUUUUUAUAGCUAAAGCCAUAUGACAGAAAAAUAUUUUAAUCAGAGGUAUAUUUUUCAAAUCGAUCGAGUAUAAUUCAAUUGUUGUAUUUUCACAUUCGAAAUCUGUAUGAUCAUGCAUGAUCGAAUUGUUCGUUCAAUCAUUAAUCAAAUAACUGUAUAUGCAGAUAGUUACUUUAAUUGUAAGUCAAUAUAAUUUGUUUAACGUUUCAUGUGUGAGCGGUGUAAGUGUAUCUAGAGUAAUUAUCAUUCUUUGAAAAUAAAGUUGAAUAACUCAAUUUUUCGUCGUAAUGAUUUUUUACUCACCAACUACAUAAAUCGAUAUUCGACUAAACACUCUUCGCCUACUUUUUACACCCGAAUCGUCAAUUCCUUUUCUUUUUUUUAUGUUCCAAAAAAUCACUCCUGAUUUGCUUAAAAACAACAAGCAUGUUUGUGAACGUUUUAAGUAUAGUUCAAAGGGAAUUGGCGCUCACUUCGGGGCUGUUUCUAAACUCGAACUAUUUUUAUAAUUUUAAAUCACGAUCCACGACUGACUUCGAUAUAUCUCGAAGUCUCUAACCGUCACCUGCCACGGCAUUGUUUGUGUAUGUACAAAACAGAGUUCGUGUAACUGUUGCAAUUCGCACGAAUACCAUGUUGUCGGCGUAAACCUAUGUAUUUACCUUCGGCAAAAACAAUAAUCGCAUUAGAGCGUCAUCAUAAUACUUCGGAGUCGAGACUUUUUCUUCCGAGUUUGUUCAAAUUUUAAUAAAAAGUAUUAUAUAUAAGUAUUAUAAUGUCAAACUUCGUAACUAAUAACGAUCGUCCUAGAUUAAGUAUUAAAAGGAAUAAUUUCGAUUUACCAAAAUUGCAAGAAAUAUUACGACAGAAAUGCCAGCAACAGAUCCGUGAACGAAGAUACCAGUUGCUCAAUAAAAGGAGGUUUGAGUUGUUGUCUCCUAAUGAUGUGCAGGAAACCUUGACGGAAAUAGUUCGCCAGGAGUUUAGUAAUUUAGGAACCACUGAAAAGUCUGACAUUGACACUAGUACAAAAACAAUAAUAAACAGUCCAUUGGAUUUCGAAGAAGCUUUAAAUGAGGAAAAUUAUUUAAUUGCUGAGCAAGAGCAAUGGAUCUUGCAAGAGUAUGAAAGACUGUUACAAAGCGAGGAACAAAUGUUUGAUAUGCUAGAAGAUGAAGUUCUCUGUCCCAUGUGCCAAAAAUCGUUUCUGGAAGAAAUUCCUGACUUCAUAUCUUGUGAUAUGUGUGGUUUAAAAAUAAGGACUGAAAUAAGCCUCAAUAAAUUUAAGUAUUAUUUAGAACUGUAUGUGAAUAUGCAUUCAAAUAAUUGUCUACAGGUUCCUCAAUUUUCUCUUGUAUUGAAUAACAAUAAUACAUCACUUCAAAUAUCUUGCUUAGCAUGUUCAAAGUUUUUUGUAAUAAGUACUAUAGAAACGUAAAGAAAAAAUUCUAAAUUUAAUUUUAAGGAUUAGAAAAUGUUACAAUAAAUAAUCAAGUACAAAUAUUAAGCGGAAAUCCGUUUGAGGAUACUAUUAUUUAAAAUCUCAGAUUUUGUAACAUUUUUAACAUUCACAGAUUGUGUAAUGAAAUCAAAUAACUUUUGUAGUUUCAGUUUUAAAGUUUUAUAUUAUUUUACAUAUCAAGUUACUCUUGAAAAACGUGUGACAAAACAUUUUUAAUCUGUAAUAAAAAUUUUAAGCGACUAAAACUUAACCAACGACAUACAAUUUCUGAGAAUGUACUUUUGAUCAAUGAGAUGAACUUAAUUAUAUUAUAAAAUUGUAUAUAUUUGAUUACAGUCA